AUGCCUUCAAAGGAACGUGACGCCGACGUCGACUCCGUCGCCGACGAAGGCCAUCGCGACAAGACCCGACGCCCCAAGUCGGAACGGAGUAAAACAGAUCGAGACAAGGACAGAGACAAGGACCGUGAACGCCGCCACCGAUCUUCCAAGUCCUCGACUUCGCGCAGUAAGCUUGGCACAGAUGGCAGUGAGGCCUCCACCAGGCGACAUCGCAAGAAGGAUCGCGACAGAGAUCGCGAGAGAGACAAGGACGGGGAUGGGCCUCGCGAGAGAAAUGGCUCUACCAGUGACAUAACCGCAGAUGCAAUCAGCAUAUCCCUCGAUAAGCCACGCAUCUCUAUGCCUUACCCGAGCUUCAGCAAGGCCCACAGCAAAGAAGCUGUCAUGAGCCGCGACGACUUGGGUGAGCCACGAAAGUCGCACCUCUCCAACCCCCCAACCCCUGAACCUACCGACGUUGGCGACGAAGAACGGAGAUCAAGGUCUGCUGAACUGCACAGAGCAGCAUCAACCUCCAAAAGGGGCUCCAGACCGCCUACCCCACCCGAGACCGAUGUCUCUGCAGACAGGAGGAAGAGCGGCGGUGAUAUCAAGGGCUCUGACGGUGGACGCCCCAAAUCUACAGUUUCUGGUCUCUCCAGAUCCGCAUCCCAUAACGAUGAUCGGUCCAAGCUGAGCAGAAAAUCUGCUUCGUCCAGCCAAGCCACCUACAUCAAAUCACGCGAGCACAAAUCACACGACAAACUUCGUUCAUCUGGCUCUGUCAGGUCAAGUUCAUCGCGGCAUUCUGUGAGAAGAUCCGACUCUGCCAGGUCCAGCUCCAAGAGGGUCGAGUCUCGAGACGACGGAUCCUCACCGUCAAGCGUCCAAGAUUCCUCCCCACGAACACCGACCCAGACAGCGAGAUUUCCCUCCCACUUGUAUGACGGCGGCAAGGACCCAUCUCCGCCCGACUUUGCAGACAAUGAAUCUGCUUUCCCGUCCAAGACGGCGACCCCAGCUUCCAUGGCCGGACCACCACCUCCACCUCCGCCGCCCCCAAUCGAUAUCCACGACAUCCCUCGAGUCGACUACCUGCUGCAAAAUGGUGGUCUGCCCUACCCCGUCCCUCGACACUUUUUAUCAGUCCUGCCUCUUCAGAAUGGAUCUCGAACAUCGAACCCCCCCUUGACUGGAUCGGACACGUUGUUUGCGCCAUUCCUCAACCUACUUGACCAAUAUUCCAACGUUUUGGCGAAGCAGGGCUCUGUUGCAGUUGCGACUGGCCAUCGCUCCGUUGCCCGACGUCUGUUGGACAGGCUGGAAAAUGUUUUCUCACGGGACUUGCCGCCUCACGGCUGCGCAUGCGUCAUGUGCGAUCGAUCUCAUGAAAUACACAAGGGCCUGACAUGGGGUGACGUGCUGGAAUGGGUCAGCGGGCGUAUUGAACUUCCAGACUGGCCGCCGUUUGAUCUUGCUGAGAUUGGGACCAAAGCCGCUGAGAUCUCCGCAGAAGUACCACCGCGACCUGCAUCUCCCUUGAAAAUGGACCCGGAUAUCGCAGAAGAAUUCAGAGAACAUUACCUUCGACAGUCGAAGAAGGUCAGGUCGGCUGUAGAUAAGUGGCUAACUAACACGGGUGAAACUCCAGUACCACCUCCCCAAGAUGUGGACGAUGAGACUCUUACAUUUGCCAUUCUGACAAACAUGGCCGCUGAUGAUCGGCCAUUCUUCAAUGCUCUGUUGUCCGGUUCACGAGAAUUAAAGUCGUCGACUAGGGCUCCUACACCAGUUCAUAGGCCACGGAACGACUUCAUCGUCAAGUCCGGCUUGUCCCUUCAACGCUUGUAUCGCCUACAGCAAGUCCCUCGAGAUGCUGAAUCCGCCAGCUACCUUGUCAAGAACCCACAUACUCACGAUUUGCUCGUCACUAUUUCAAAUAUUAAUAACGCCGAAUGGGAGAUUUUGACCUCUGGCCGAUUUGACGGCUUCCUCUGGUCAGGAGCAGAUGCAGACGACAUGAAUCCAGGUCUCGAAUCUCGUGCUGAAACGCCCGCAAGCGGCUACUUUGGCUCCCGCUCCUCAAUGAGUCCGCUGCCUAGAGGACCAUCAGCCAUGGGAUCCAGGACUACAACCCCAUUCUCGCCCUACUCCCGAGGCGCGACGCCUGCAUCCUUUGUUAGCCUGGCAUCGUCAGGCGUCCAGGGAAGUAGCAGACAGCCUGUAUCAAAUGACGAGGAAAUGGAAAUGGCAGCCAUUGCUGAAAUAGAACGGGAGAUUUACGCAGGCAUGGAAAGUUUAGAAGACGCGUUUGAGAAACUGCACCAAAAGGCAGAGAUGGUACGAACAGCCCUGCGGCUGCGAGGAGCCGGCCUCAUGCAGAACUUGCAGAGUCGUCGUCGCAUCGAUGUGCUGUCCACCCCUGGAUCCGGCAAUUCUCAGCACUCGGGAUACGAACGGCCAGCCUGGGCUGCCGGCAGUGAUGUCGAAGGCGCAAGUGACGAUGAUUGGGCCAUGGACGACAUUGACAUCAUGCCGGAUGACUCUGCCAGCAAUAUCAGCAGCUCAAGACAUCGACGACCCAAGAGGCGCACCGAGCGUCGCACGCCUGCACCAAUUGAGGAGGACGAGGAAGAAUGA